UUUCUGCAGAUUUAGAAAUUAAAAAAAAACAAUCUUUUCCUUUUUCCUCUGGCCCUUUGCUCUGUUGUAGAGCCAAUAUCACCCACUUCCUCAAUAAUUUUACGGAAUUCGUUUCUACUAUAUAUAUACAAAGAACUCCACAAACGAUGUCUCCAGUUCGUAGAGUCAUGGCGAUAGCAACGAGCUCGGUGCCGGCGAAGAGCGGCUUGUCUCUGUGGUGUCCGACCACUCCGUCGCUCUCUCGCCGCCUUCCCGCCGGUUUCUCUCCGAUCGGAUCCAGAAAUGUCACCAGAGGCAUUAUCACUGCUUCCUUCGCUAACGAGAAUCGCGAGUUUGUGAUUGUAGGUGGAGGCAAUGCUGCAGGAUACGCUGCUAAGACUUUCGUUGAACAUGGAAUGGCUGAUGGUAGGCUCUGCAUUGUGACCAAAGAGGCCCAUGCACCUUAUGAGAGACCAGCUUUGACGAAAGCGUACUUGUUUCCCCCAGAAAAGAAGCCUGCUCGUUUACCAGGUUUUCAUACUUGCGUUGGAGGUGGCGGCGAAAGGCAGACCCCUGAAUGGUAUAAGGAGAAAGGGAUCGAGAUGAUAUAUGAAGAUCCAGUAACGGGAGUUGAUUAUGAAAAGCAAACCCUCACAACAAAUUCGGGUAAAGAGCUAAAAUAUGGCUCCCUCAUUAUUGCUACAGGAUGUACAGCCUCAAGGUUUCCUGAUCAAAUCGGCGGAAACUUGCCAGGUGUUCACUACAUUCGAGAUGUAGCAGAUGCUGACUCGCUGAUUUCAUCUCUGGGAAAAGCUAAGAAAAUUGUUGUCGUUGGUGGUGGCUACAUCGGUAUGGAGGUUGCUGCUGCAGCUGUUGCAUGGAAUCUUGAUACAACGAUUGUGUUCCCUGAAGAUCAUCUCUUACCAAGACUGUUCACUCCAUCACUUGCUCACAGAUAUGAACAGCUAUACCGUGAGAAUGGAGUUGAUUUUGUCAAGGGUGCUUCCAUAAAGAAUUUAGAAGCAGGUUCGGAUGGACGUGUAACAGCUGUUAGACUUGCUGAUGGAUCCACUAUCGAGGCAGACACAGUGGUGAUCGGAAUCGGAGCUAAGCCUACUGUCGGUCCCUUUGGAACCUUGGCUCUAAACAAAUCUCUUGGAGGAAUCCAGGUCGAUGGCUUGUUCAGGACAAGUAAUCCUGGGAUUUUUGCCAUAGGAGAUGUGGCAGCCUUCCCUUUGAAGAUAUACGAUCGGAUGGCCCGAUUUGAACAUGUGGAUCAUGCCCGUCGCUCUGCAAAACAUUGUGUUAACUCCCUGCUUACAGCACACACUGACACAUAUGAUUAUCUCCCGUAUUUCUACUCAAGAGUUUUCGAGUAUGAAGGUAGCCCCAGAAAAGUUUGGUGGCAAUUUUAUGGAGACAAUGUGGGAGAGACAGUUGAGGUCGGGAACUUCGAGCCAAAGAUCGCUACUUUCUGGAUAGAUUCUGGCAGGUUGAAAGGAGUUCUUGUAGAAAGCGGAACAGCCGAGGAGUUUCAGCUUCUGCCAGAGCUUGCAAGAAGGCAACCUCCCAUCGACAAGGCAAAGCUUGAGAGCGCUUCUUCGGUGGAAGAGGCUCUUGACAUUGCCCGUGACUCCCUUCAAUAAGCUUAAGCUUCCAUUUCCUCUUCAUCCAUGGAGGCAUCUUUGACGAAUAAUGUAGAUCGUUUUUCUAGAGCCGAACCCAAUGUACAUGCAUAGCCCGAAAUCCGGUGUAUGUAUGUACGUAUAUGGGUGCCGAUAUGGAUGAAUUGAUGUACUGAGAACGAGUUCUCUUCGUUUGAAAUCUGUUCCAAGUUGAGGAUUUGAGGACAAUGUUUGGUGGCCAAUACUCUGUUACUGCUUUGAUUUUAGCUGAAUUGCGGGUGUGAAGGUCAAAGUCUAA